AUUGACACCCCGGUAGUUCUGAUGGGAUCUGCGCAAAGCAAUGACGAGAGCGCGCCCCACGCUGCACCCGAAAGCCAACCAUUGUCACCGCCGCCAGAAGUCGCCACAACCCAAAGCCCACAGUCCCCACAGCCCAAGCCUGAUGCUGUCAUGUGGCGCAUCGGCCCCGGGAUGAGUUUGAAGGAUUUGGGCCUUGGAAGGCCGCAAUUCGAAGAACAGAUCGGAGAUGUCGGCCCUUUCCUGCAGCUUUACCGUGAAGGGCCUUGGAUUAUCGUGGAGAACAUUUCAAGCUUUGCGCUUGGGAUACUGCCCCAAGUUCGGCGGGGCCGCUUUCUCCGUGGCGAUGAAGAAGGGCUUUCGCAGGUCUUGGAACCUGGCGAGACUUAUCAGCUGCGGUUUUCAACAGACGAAGAGCACUAUCGCAUGGGCUAUGAGUCCCAUCUUCCGCAUUUUGUUUGCGAUGGCAUAUCCAAGAGGGUCGACCCGACCCAGAUCCAGUUGAUCUGCCAGCCUGCUGCUCGCGAUUCCGACGGGUGGUACUUCAUGAGUGGCAAGGAUGGUGUUGGACGACCAGAGGUCUGGCUUGUCUACAUAGACUUUGCAAGCGUUGCAGACACUAUCGGCUGUUACGGCUGUUAUGUGAAGCACCAGCUGAUACAGACCUGCACAUUCUUGGAUACUCGCCGGCCAGCCAGGAGGGUUGAUCUGCCUUUGCAAGAGAUUCGCUUUUGUCAAGACAGUUGCGGGCAGGAAUUUCGUGAUGGCAGAAGUCUACAGUCCACUGUACAGCAGCUGAAACAGGGUCAAGUGACGGUCGCUGAGCUUGGCAUUCGGGUUGUAGCCUUGGAGUCUGUACACUUUGCCCUGGACAAUCGCCGCCUAAAGUGUGUAAAGUCAGCCUUUCCGGCGAGCCAGUCCAUCCCGGUGCUGCUGGUAGAUUUGCGGGAGCCUCGUAUCAAGGAGGAGUGGGACUCCAAGUUCACUGCCGGCAAACGGAUCUCAACUCAUGAGGAGGCCCGGCAGAUGGACCUCGCUCCACAGAAUUCAAAGGGCAAGGGCAAGGGCAAGGGCAAGAAGGGUAGAGGCAAGCCUAGGGGCAAGAGGGAGAACCGGCCAUAGUUGGGUUCGGCCUGACCUCGAACUUCAGAAGUUUCAGCAGCAGAUGGGAGCGGUGGCUUUUUUAAUUUUUGAUGAUUUUUGCAGAGUUGAGCUGAUCACACAAAUGUGUUCCAGUGUCACUGCAUCUCAUAGUGCCAGCGACCAGAAGCUAUGCUGAGCUUAUUUGGCAUUGGAAAA